GGAGUUCAGAGGAGACGAGCUGCGUUCAAAGGCGUUCAUCAGUCCCGUCGGAGAAGAGAAUAAGAAAUCUGAUCUGCUCAGUCGUCUUCUUUUUGUACAUGUUGAAUAUGUUUGCAGGCUGCAUGGUAAUCUGGACUUGAUGCAUGGCAGUUGCAUAACCCCAGCUGGUCUUGUUUUGGGACUGAGGGCACACGGCUGCAGCCAUGGCUCAAAAGGUGCAUGCGAGUGGUAACGGCCCAGAAAGAGGACAGAGAUGUACAAGCACAGAAGACGCGAAGUAUUCUGUGGAUCCUUACCAUGUCGAAACUCCAUAUGGUUUUCAGCUAGACCUGGACUUUCUCAAAUAUGUUGAUGACAUUGAGAGGGGUAACACUAUUAAGAAGCUGAGCAUCCAGAGGAAGCCCAAAGUGGCCAAACCCUUGGCAGCGGGUCAAGGAUGCACUGGCAGGGGCAGCAGUCAUACUGAAUGGACCUCGACAGACUCCCUGUCUUCCUCCAACAGCGAUGACAAACAGUCCCCAGUGUUCUUCACAUCCAGGCCCCAGGACACUGCACCACUGACCCUAACAGAAUCCAGGACUGCUACAACCUGUGAGCUUCCUGGACAACAAUCCUACUUAAGCAUUGUGGAACCAAAACAACUUCUGCCACCACCUUCACCAAAGUUUGCUCUUCGUCAUAAUCCUCAAGUGGAGAAGACGCUCAUGGAGACCCGGCGUCGCCUUGAACAGGACCGGCUACUCAUGCAGCCACACAGUGAGCCUCCAGCUCCCCGACGUCGUCUUGCCAGCUUUGGUGGCAUGGGCUCUAACAGCUCCCUGUCCUCAAAUUCUGGCUCAAUGGCCCUGAGCCACAUCUCUGGUGGUACCCAUCAGACUUUAUCCCUCAAUGGUCAGCUUUCCAAUGGAGAGUAUAUCCAAUGUUACCCUCUUUCCAUGGGUAGCUCUAUUCGCCACAGUCCCAUGAGCUCUGGUAUGGCCACCCCAGUGACAAACGUCAGCUCAUUGCAUCUUCAACAAAUCCGGGAGCAGAUGGUGGUAGCUCUCAAGCGGCUGAAAGAGCUAGAAGAGCAAGUGAAAACCAUUCCUAUCUUACAGGUUAAAAUUGCGGUCCUGCAGGAAGAGAAAAGACAACUAGCUGCUCAGUCUAAAAACCAUUGCCCUACCACUGGUUUCCGCAAGCGCUCUUAUAGUGUAGGUAGUGCUGAUCAAUUAGAGUGUCCGGGUUCCUUUAAGAAGGAAGCUGAACUACACAUCAUGGAGCCUGAAUCUCAGGAGCAGUAUGCUCACCACCUAGAGGAGUUCAGACGUAUAACUGCUGAGGUCCAAGCUCUGGAGAAGACUACAAAGGACAAUGAACCUGAAAUGGGUUCCCGUGACCUUAUGCAAAACCAGCCCCCACAAAAGUCAAUUGGUGUAGUUACUGAAGAAAACAUGUACAACUUUUCUGCUUCUCAGAAGAAGAUUGCAGAAGAGUGUAGUUUUCUGGAUGUAGGAGUAGUGACAGAGCAGCAGGAAAAGCACAGUGUUGCAGUUGGUGUGAACGAGGCCAUGCUAGGCAUGAGCAGUGAAGCUGAGAAAGAGAUUGAACUCCAGCAGCAGACUAUAGAUGCACUAAAGGAGAAGAUCUACCGCUUGGAAGUGCAGCUGAAAGAAACCACUCAUAAGAUGGAGAUGUGCAAGCUGAAACUGGAACUUCAAGCAGCUGGUGGGUCAAACAAGAAAAAAGCAGAUAAGGGUUUGUUGGCCAGGCCUGAGAUGUACAAUGUCUGCGUGGAGGCCAAAGUACAGAUGUGCAGCCAAGGUGUGGGUGACUGUAUGGGUUUGGUUAAUGCUAUCGCACCUAAAACUGUAAACACCUGCAAUGUAGGAGUAUGUUGUCAACCUAUUGUACAGAAUGCUGCUGUUGGCCCAGAUAUCCCAAUGGAACAGUGGGUUGUACAUCAGCUGGUAGAUGUAAAUGACCAAUGUGUAGAGAGCCGAAUAGAGAUGUGCCACAAGAAGGUAGGCAUGGAACUGAACGUUUGUGAAGUGGGAGUCAACACAGAUGAAACGACGGACAGCCUCUUCCUUUGUGUUACCAUGACUGAGCUGAGCAAGGAGUACAGAUCGGUUGGUUGCGGUGACUGUUCAGUGGAUGUGACCGUUAGUCCCAUUAAAACAUUUGUGUCUCAAGGAGCUGUGACAGAUUUUAUCAGCAAAGUGGAUUCUGGUGUUAUGGUUGUUCCUGAAUCAGUAACUCAAGAGACUAGUACUGAGACAGAAGUCGCAAGCAAGUCCACGAAUACAAAAGCAGUUGUUUUGGCUGAUUCUUGUACCAACACUGUCCUGGUCACUUGUGAAAAACAGACCAGCACGACAGGGACUGAAACACGAACCGUUGCUGUUGGUGAAGGACUUGUCAGAGAUGUUCAUUCAAGUGUAAAGACACGUUCCAUUGCUGUGGGGACCACCACAGAUGUGCAGGCACUCCUGGGCAAAUCAAGUUGUAGUAAAACCAAAGAAUGUGGAGUGGGACAAUUUAGUAUUCAUGAGAAUGUCUUGGUUGGCUUAAAAACAAGGAAUAUAGCAUGUGGCCCCUCCCAGCCAGCAGAAUCUGUCAGAAGUGGCAGCCAGGAGCCUCUGGCUUGUAACACAGAGACUGCAACACUUCAAGCACAGGCUGAGGGGAAUGUUGGGCUGGACCACUACAUUGAGCGGGUGCAGAAGCUGCUGCAGGAACAGCAAAUGUUGCUCGCAGAAAAUUAUAGUGAACUCGCAGAAGCCUUUGGUCAGCCUCAGUCCCAAUUUCAUUCCAUCAACAGUGAGUUGGUCAGCACACUUUCUUCCAUCAACUCAGUGAUGAGGUAUGGAAGCACAGAGGACAUCUUGAAGCUACAGCCAGACUCUGCAGAUACCAACAAAGAUGGCUUGCAACAGUCUGUCUCCGUUUGCACAGAGCUGUUACAGAUGGAAAAACCUCCAUCGGACCUGAGAGCAGCUGAUAACCCUCCCAGCAUGCCUGCAAAGCGGCCACAGCAGAUCAGUACAGCUGAGCAGAAGAGCCGAAUGGACCAGCAGAUGUCGACAGCAUUGCAUGGCCAGCCGUGCAGUCAAAGCGCUCUGAAAUCCAUCAUGAAGAAAAAAGACAGCCGACCUGACUCCAAUGGUGCCAAAAAGAACCUGCAGUUUGUUGGCGUAAAUGGGGGGUAUGAAACGACAUCGAGUGAUGACUCGAGCUCAGAGGAGAGCAGCUCCUCUGGGUCGGAGGAGGAAGAAGACGACGAAGAGGUGAAGGAGUUGGAAUUAAAGGAGGAAUAUGAAAACGUGGAUGGAAAGAUCACAAGGGAGGAGUUUCAGCCUGAAGGACUGGUGGAAAUAGAGAAGAAUGAUGGAGAUGAAAGUCCAGAAAAAAUGGAAAGCAGAGAGAGGUAUGAGCUAAGUGAGAAGAUGUUGGCUGCAUGUAACGUUCUGAAGACUCACCUCAAUGACCCCAAGGCUGCCAGCAGCAAAGACCAGAGAGCCUGUCUCAACACUGUGCAGCACGAGUGGUUCCGCGUCUCCAGCCAGAAGGCAGCCAUGGCAGCCAUGGUGGAGGACUAUCUCCAAGCCUUCAGGGACAUCUCACCUGUCGUGCUGCGCCACAUCGUCAACAUGGCUGACGGCAACGGCAACACCGCCCUCCAUUACAGCGUGUCUCACUCCAACUUCCAGGUGGUCAAAAAGCUCCUGGAUGCAGAUGUGUGCAAUGUCAACCAGCAGAACAAGGCAGGCUACACGCCCAUCAUGCUCGCUGCUCUGGCUGCCGUGGAAACGUCCAAAGACAUGCACAUUGUGGAGGAGCUCUUCAGCAAGGGUGACGUCAAUGCCCGAGCCAGCCAGGCUGGUCAGACGGGGCUGAUGCUGGCAGUCAGUCAUGGCAGGAUGGACAUGGUUCGCGCCCUACUGGUGCACGGGGCUGAUGUCAACAUCCAGGAUGAUGAGGGCUCCACGGCACUGAUGUGUGCCAGCGAGCACGGCCACGUGGAAAUCGUUAAACUGCUGUUGGCACAGCCUGGCUGCGAUGCCACGCUCAGCGACGGCGAUGAGAGUAAUGCUCUGUCCAUAGCUCUAGAAGCAGGACACAAGGACAUUGCAGUGCUGCUUUACGCACACGUGAACUUCUCCAAAGCCCAGUCGCCGGGAACGCCUCGCCUGGGCAGAAAGACGUCUCCGAGUCCCACUCGCAGAGGCGUCUUUGAGUAGAGGGGUGCCGCCUGUCUGCAAAUCCUGUGCUGCUAUUGGCUCACGCUGAACGUUGCCUUACCCAGAGAUGGUUCGAACACCCAGCCUCUUUACCGACCAAUGAGAUUCAUGGAGACUUUUUUUUUUUUAAUGCACACUUUUCCUCCAUGAUGAGUCCAAAGUGUCCUUCUUGAAUUUGAAUGUAAUCAUGUGGUGCCUGAAGCCACACAGACUGCCAUCAAACUCAAAUAUUUAAAGCCAUUUUUUUCCAUCUGGUUUUAUUUUUCCCUUUUUGCAUAUUGGUCACUUUUUCCUUUCUUUUUCAGAAACUCAGUGUUGAUCAUUGAAGAACAUCAAAGUGUCUGUUAAUUUGUUUUUUUUUUUUUUUUUUUUUAUACAGAUGGAGAAGUAAACAGUCUCGGCUGUCUGUUCUUUUUACGUAUGAACCAUGUGAAUACAGCAGCUGAUGUGAAUCAGACCACAGAAGUUGUACUUUUAUACAAAUCCUUUGUUUCUCUUUAAAACAAAAAUCACAUUGAAUAUUUCCUACGACAAAACAAUCAGAGAUUUAUCAAAGUAUAGUUUUUAAUGCAGAUAUAUGUAAUUGUACAUAUAGUGGAUAUUAGUUUUUUUGUUCUCCUCUUUGUCUUGCGUCUUGUUUCUUUGUGUAUGAAACAAACUGUCCUGUCAGGUACUGACUUCCAUCUUGUGAGAACUGAAGUGCCUGAGACUUUGCCAUAUCACAAUAAACAUUAAAGGAUACA